AUGUCUAGCGCGAGCCCAAACCGCUGCGCGACCACAAACCUGGGCGACCCCCAGUUCGACGGGGCCGACAUCAACUGGGUCGCCGUGCCCGGCAACACGACGUCGGCGCCAUGGAUGACAACCUGCUGCGACCCCAAACCGGUGCACGCCUACGCCGACGGCUGCGGGCUCUGGUGCGAGAUGGACCUGGCCAAGGAGCCUCACCACGACCCGGUCCGGCUCGGGGCCACGUAUUUCCACUGUUUUAACGAGCACGGGCGGGAGAACCGGUCGGAGGGGGGGAUGUGGCACUACAUCCCGGUUAAAAAGGAUGGGGAUGGAAGUGCGGCGGCUGGGAGGGCGCCGUCGGUGAUCGGGGCGGUGGUUAUGUCGGUGUUGUUGAUGGGUAUGGUUUUGGUGGGAUAG